AUGCCCGCAGACACCCCCGCACAGCCCAAAACACAGCAAGACACCCCCGACCCCAACCCCACCCCCAGCGCCGACCAGCAGACCUCCCCAGAGGACCACAAGACAGACCUCCCGCCCACCAGUCCAAGCAGGCAAGAGCCCGCAGACCAGCAAGAGGCAGAGGUGCGUCCAUAUCCCGUCCCGCCGUCCGCGAUCUGCCCAACCGCCUCGUGGCCCCCCAGUGUCCUGCACCUGUACCAGACUGCGCGCUGA